AUGGCUCUCCCCAGGACAGACUUCCCCGCAGUGCGGGCCUGCAUUUUCGACAUGGACGGUCUCCUCAUCAACUCCGAAGACAUAAUCGGUCUCUCCACGAACCAAUUGUUGGAAAAGUACGGGAGGCCUCCUUUGACUCGGUCGAUUCAAGCCCAACUCAUGGGUGUCGCGGACUCUACAAAUGGCGAUGUAUUCCAUAACUGGGCCAAGUUGCCUAUCUCGCGCGAGCAAUUCGCCCGUGAAUCCAGUGAAGGCAUGCGACUACGUUUUCCGGAUUGCAGGCCUCUACCUGGCGCGGAGAAUAUUCUGUCGAGUCUGAGCCGUGCACGAAGUGCUUCGUCUGGGGACACGAUUCAGCUGGCUUUGGCUUCCAGCACAAAGACCCGUAGUUAUGAGUUGAAAACUUCGGGGCCGGAAUCGAAACUAUUGCUGAGCUUCUUCCGUUCAGAUAGAAGAGUUCUAGGUGAUGAUCCACGAGUGCGACAGGGUCGAGGGAAGCCAGCCCCCGACAUUUAUUUGCUCGCGCUGCAGAUAUUGAAUUCAGAAAUAAACCCCGGGGAAAAUCCCAUCCUGCCCAGUGAGUGUUUGGUAUUCGAAGAUAGCAUCGCUGGUGUAGAGGCUGGAAGACGGGCUGGGAUGAGAGUUGUCUGGGUUCCGCAUCCAGAUGUAGCGGUCGAGUAUCAGCCGAUGCACAAGGAUAUCUUGGCUGGUAGGUCGGGAAGAUUUAAGGUAGGAGACGACUGGCAGCUAGGAGAGGUUGAUGAUGGCUGGGCUGAAAGUAUACCUAGUCUAGAACACUUUGAUUACGAGAAGUAUGGCCUCGAUGUGGUAUCUCAAACACCUUCAUAG